AGCCACGUGAGGGGAGGAACCCCUGCCCGGAACUUUGAUCCGAGCUGGGGCUGGAUUGAGCUGACCACAGGCCACACCAGAUAGCCCUCCGCUCUGAGAAGAGCCAGGCCAGCCGGCCCACCUGUCAGCCGUCACGGAGAUGCUCCCCGGAGCCUGGCUGCGCUGGGCCUCCCUCCUGCUCCUGGCCGGGCCCACCCAGCCCUGCCCCAGCGGCUGCGACUGCUUCAUCCGGGAGGUGUUCUGCGCGGAGGAGCUGGCCGCCAUCCCGCCCGACAUCCCGCCGCAUGCCACGGACAUUGUCUUUGUGGAGACCUCGUUCACCUCGCUGGGGACCAGGGCCUUGGGCGGCAGCCCCAACCUGACCAAGGUGGUCUUCCUCAACACCCAGCUCCGCCACCUCGCCCCGGAUGCCUUCGGGGGGCUGCCCAGGCUGGAGGACCUGGAGGUCACAGGCAGCAGCUUCUCCAACCUCAGUGCUGACAUCUUCUCCAACCUGACCUCGCUGGGCAAGUUCACGCUCAACUUCGACAUGCUGGAGGCUCUGCCCGAGGGCCUCUUCCACCACCUGGGCGCCCUGGAGACCCUCCAGCUGCAGGGGAACCGUCUCCAGACCCUGCCUGGGAAACUCUUCCAGCCCCUGACGCAGCUGCAGACCCUCAACCUGGCCCAGAACCUCCUGGCCCAGCUUCCUGAGGAGCUGUUCCGCCCUCUCAGCAGCCUGCAGACCCUGCGGCUGAGCAACAACGCGCUCUCCGGCCUCCCCCCGGGCGUGUUCCGCGGCCUGGGCAGCCUGCAGGAGCUCUUUCUGGAUGGCAACGCCAUCUCGGAGCUGCCGCCGGCGGUGUUCUCGCAGCUCCUCUGCCUGGAGAAGCUGUGGCUGCAGCGCAACGCCCUCGGGCACCUGCCGCCCUCCGUCUUCGCCUCGCUGGGCAACCUGACCUUCCUGAACCUGCAGGGGAACAGGCUGCGGACGCUGCCUGCCAGCCUCUUCGCCCACACUCCAGGCCUGGUCAGCCUGUCCCUGUCCCACAACCAGCUGGAGACCCUCGCUGAGGGCACCUUUGCCAACCUGUCCAGGCUCAGCUCCCUGACGCUCUCGUACAAUGCCAUCGCCCACCUCCCCGCCGGCGUCUUCAGGGACCUGGAGGAGCUGGUCAGGCUCUCCCUGGGCAGCAACAACCUGACGGCCCUGCACCCAGCCCUGUUCCAGAACCUGUCCAAGCUGGAGCUGCUCGGCCUGUCCAGAAACCAGCUGACCACGCUCCCGGAGGGCAUCUUCAACACCAACUACAACCUGUUCAACCUGGUCCUGCACGGCAACCCCUGGCAGUGCGACUGCCACCUGGCCUACCUCUUCGACUGGCUACGCGAGUACAAUGACCGGCUCUUCAACGUCCAGACCUACUGCGCCGGCCCUGCCUACCUCAAGGGCCAGGUGGUGCCCGCCCUGCAGGAGGAGCAGCUGGUGUGCCCCGUCACCCGGGACCACUUGGGUUUCCAGGCUCCGGGGCUGGACGACAGGGAGCCUGGGGGCAGCUGGGAUCUGGCCGUGGAGGAAAGGGCGGCCCGGAACUGGUGCACCUACAGCAAUCCCGACGGCACCGUGGUGCUGGCCUGCGCUGAGGCCCAGUGCCGCUGGCUGAGUGUCCAGCUCCCUGUCAGGCAGGGCGCGGGCUCUGUAGCGCUGACGCACAAUGCCAGCCAGGCGUGGGACUUGAGGUCACGCUGCGGCACUGUGCGGGUCACAGUGUCCAUCGAGGCUCAUGCAGCAGGGCCCUAGGGACAGGGUACUCAGAACCAGGAGCCUGGGCGGAUGGCCUCGGGGCAUGGCCAGGUAACAGGUGGGGGCAGAGGGAGCUGAGGCUUAGGCUCCCAGAUGCAGGGACGGUGCUCAUCUCCAAGGCGGGGAGGAGAGUCGGGCUGCACCACCAUGGACAGGUGCUACCACCGCUUCCUCUCCGUCACCCACUGCUGGAGCCUGGCACCGACCGCUGCAUCCUUUGGCUUUGCAGAGCAUCCUUAAAACAGCAGAUGACGUAA